AUUUUUUUUUAUUUCAGCACGCAGAUAGCAAACCAAGAAAAUUGAACUUGAGCUUCGACCAUGAGGCAGAGCAGCUCCUUGCAUAAGCGCGGCUAUUUUCAUCUAUCGGAUGAGAAGUUUGUUAGAAGAAAACCGAAAAAGAAGGAAUCCCAUUCAGAGCUGCAAACAUAUCAAUUCAAACCCUACACCGUUUGCAUGGAACCAGCGGAAUUUCGAGUACACGAACUGCCGAUCGAGUUUAAAGUCACGCCCGAUACGUUGCUCAAUUUGACCGCGAAGGUAGUGGACGCGUUGCCACUGCCGCAAAUUUAUGACUGGACCAAUGCGGAUUGCUGUAAGUGGAUGCGGGAAUAUGGUUAUCCAGAAUAUCAGAACACCUUACGUGUAAAUCUAAUAACGGGACGUAAGUUGUUGCUACUGGACGCGCAAGCUCUGGUGGCGAUAAAUAUAAAAAUCUUCAGUCACAUUCAACACAUUGCCGCGGGCAUACGACAGCUAUUCUUCUUCGAGAUGACGAAGUUUCUGCGCAGCAUCUCGCUACCACCGCAAUACUACUAUGAAAUGUACAAAUUAUUCAAGGUCAAAACCGGUUACCGUUACGACAUCACGCGACGUACUGAGCUCUGGCGUCAACUGCAAAUGUUGCGCAAAAAUGAUCAGCCUGCAACGCACUGGGACUUACUCGAACGCUGGUUACAGCUCAAACCGGCUACUGUAGAGCUAAUAGGUGGUGUGCGUCGUCGAAAUCUUUACCGUUGUGCAUUGCCUUGUCCAGAAACAGCGGACUCGGCAUCAUCUGUAAUAAACUUAUGCAAGUGUGCUUCGAUUUGCACGUGUGAAUGGGCUGAAAUUAGUUACAAAGAACCAACGGUGUUAACGGUACUGCGUGCGCAUCGUGUUUCAGCGAUUGGCAAUCGUUUAAGCACUUGCAAGACCUGUCUGCCGCCCUGUACAUGUCACUGGCCGAGCAGGUAUUUCAAAUCCAAUGAUCUGCUGCAAUGCUUGAAGAGAAACUUCCCGGUUAAAUAUGGUGCCGAUGUCAGAACAAAAUCCACUUAUGGUUCGAAUGCUUAUAGGGCGAGUUUUGCAAGUUAUAGUAGUAACACCACUGCGGUGCGUUUGCUCACUCUUUAA